UGAUUGGCUUUUUUAACAGAGCACAGAACCAAUAAGUAUUGUGCCUGGAUUGCCUGCCUUACAGUGUGGAAAAUGCAGAGGGCUGUGGAGAAGUUUCCAGCAUAAUCUCGAGAGCAAGUCGCGACACAGAACACUAUGGACCUUUGUGAACAUCCCUCGGCAUCUGUCUCCAACGAUAAAGACAGCAAGGGGGAUGCAUGGGCACAGUUUUGGGAUAUUCAGGGAGUGGCAGCUUACAUCACUGCCAGAAAAUUUACAGUUGUGACCCUGCAGUUUCCAGACGAUCUUUUGCGAGAAGCAAAGGAUGUAUCGAAGGCCGUACAAGAUAUUUGUGCACGCCAUGGCUUGCAAGUCAAGACCUUCGUACUGGCGGACACAACAUACAACAGUCUGGGAGUAGAUGAGGUGGCUGCUCAGCAUGUGCACGCGCAGUGCGUGAUUCAUUAUGGGCGAGCCUCCUUGAGCCCCCUCUCCACCCUGCCAGCGUAUUUUGUCUUCACCCGAGCGCCGCUGGACUGCAGCAGGACUGCAGAGCGGCUUGUCAGCUGGGCAGCCGGAAAUGGCAGUGCCGCUGUGGCAGGCAUGAAGGCCGUCGUGGUGCUUUCGGACCAGCCCCUGCUGUGGGCUGUCAACCAGCUGCGCGCAUGCCUGGCAUCUUCUGCCACGAAGGCAAAUUUGGAUGUGCAGUUUCUGGUGGCAGAUAUUCUGACACACCAGCUAGCCCCAGUGCCAUCUUCAUCUCCCCAGCCAGCCACCUCCGACAGUCAGCCGUUAGACACUGACACACAAUCUCACCGAGCCCCAGCAGAAGGGAGCAGGGCAGGUCACUGGGUGGCGGCUGGGCUGCAGUGGGAUCUGCCAGAGGGGGUGGAUGCGCAGGAUUGCCUGUGGCUGUGGCUGGGGGAUGAUGAUGCUCCAGCACUGACGCAGCUGCUCAUGACUUACAGCAGGAUGCACUGGGCGAUGUACAAUCCACAAGAGGACAGCUUGAGGGAGGGACUGCCAUCGGAGAUCAGCCGCACCCUCCGCAAGCGCAACUACCUCAUUGAGAAAGCCAAGAACGCCAACAUAAUAGGCAUUGUGGUGGGAACGCUGGGGGUGGCCGGCUACCUGGAAGCUGCUGAGGCAAUAAAGAAGCUGGCGCAGGCGGCAGGGAAGAAGACUUACACACUGCUCAUGGGCAAGCCAAGCCCAGUCAAGCUGGCCAACUUUCCAGAGGUGGAUGUCUUCGUCCUCAUAGCAGACGCCCAGGGGCAGAUCCUAGAGAGCAAGGAGUUUUAUUCGCCGCUGAUAACGCCAUAUGAGGCGCAGCUGGCCUUUGCUCCUGAGGGCGGAUUAGUCAGCAAUGACUACCGCCUGGACUUUGACGCGCUGCUGAGCUCUACUGCGGAGCUCUCUGUCUCUGAGCGAGAGGCGGCGCCAAGGUUCUCUUUGGUGGACGGCGGCCGCUACGGGAGCGCAGUUGACCGCUCAGUGGCUGCCGCCUCAACUGCGCUAGCGGAGCGCAACCCCCACGUACUCCACAUGCCAGAAGGGCCGGGCAGGCUGGCGGAAGUGAGGUCAGCAGCAGAGUAUCUGGUGACACGGCGCACCUUCACGGGGCUCGAGACGCCCUUCACAGGCGCAGCAGCAAAGCCGGUUGUGAAAGCCAUUGUCGGCCGGAGUGGCCGAGCCGCACAGUAUGAGGAUGAAACUCUGAAUAAUAACAGGGACCAGCUGUGA